UUUGUUCUAAGUGUUUUUCACACAGAAGCUUACGCUAGCUUCUAUACCGAAAGUUCUGAAAGCGAUAGUGCCCUAACAGUUUGCUAUUUCAGCAAUUGGGCAGUUUAUCGCAAAGGUAUGGGUAGAUACUCAGUGGACGAUAUUCCGGAAGGCUUGUGUACUCACAUUUUGUACGCUUUCGUUGGAUUUUCAAAGACAGCUCCGUUGGAAAUUACUGAUAUGAAACCGGCAGACGAUACCGGUAACAAUGGACUGCGUAAAUUCUCCGAGCUACGAUCUCGCAUUCCAGAUGCAAAACUUUUGGUUAGCGUGGGUGGAUGGAAUGAAAACUCAACCGUAUUUUCCACCAUGAUGGCCACAAAAUCAGCUCGUGCGAAUUUUAUCAGAAGUGUGGUCAAACUGUUGGAUUCGUUUCAGUUAGAUGGGUUCAAUUUUCAAUGGCUCUGGCCAGGACAUCGGGAGCGCGGAGGAUCAUCACGUGACAAGAAAAAUUUCCCAAAACUGCUCAAAGAAAUGCGCAUUGCAUUCGGACAAAAUGGCCGAAACAAGCACCUUUCUGUUAUUGCACCAGUUGAAGAGUUUAGGCUGAACGAAGGAUACGAUAUCGAUGAAGUUUGCAGCCAUGUGAACCACGUGUUCCUGAACACAUACGAUCUAAGAGGAUUCUGGAAUAAGGUUGCCGAUGUGCACACUCCAAUGACAAGAAGGUCUUUCGAACCAAGUACUUUUGCAACAUUGAAUGUGAACGGUGGUGUUGAUAAUUGGCUCAACGGCGGAUGCCCGUCAGAAAAAAUAAUUCUGGGUGUUGCUACAUUAGGCAGAUCAUUCACGCUGAAAUAUUCCUUUAUGAACACACCAUACUCCCCAACUAUCGGUGCUGGUACUUCGGGAGAAUUUACACAAUAUAAAGGUUUCAUGGCGUAUUAUGAGGUAUGCCAACGUAUUUUGGCAGGUUGGAAAGUGCGUCGUGGUCCAGAAGGAACCGUACCCUACAUUACUGCAAACGAUCAGUGGAUUGGAUACGACGAUGUUGAAUCUCUAAGAGAAAAGGUUGACUUGGUCAGAAGUAAACAAUUGGGCGGAGUGAUGGUGUAUGCGUUGGAUAUGGAUGAUUUUAACGGUUUUUGUGGGAACAAACGAUAUCCUUUAACUUCAUUUAUUUCCUCUGAAAUGAAGAAACUGCAAGGGAUGUUUAAUCCAGAAAGUAUUGAGUUUUUCUAAAAUUAAA